AAAAGAGAUUAAAUUUCCUAUAAGUGGCAAUCUUGAGGAUCUUCCAACUAACUUUCGCAUCAACAAUCUCCUUGACGCGUUGGCCAUCAAAGAGUGCAGUGCUAAUGGAGUUAACUGUGGAAAUUGCGAUGUGAAGAGCUCCAAAAGCUUUUACUGCUUCCAAUGUUGUAUAUUCUGGUGCGAGGCUUGCGUCAUUGGCCACAAUGUGAUAAUAUCGAAUAAAGAACACCGUGUAUUAGCGCUCAAAGACUUUAAAGAACAAGAUUUUCAACAUUUUUGGAGGCGACCGGAACAUUGUCGCAACCGUGGCCUCGAGCGUGAGGAAUUGAAGUAUUUCUGCAAAGAUUGCUCUGUAGCAAUUUGCUAUUUCUGUGUUAACAUUACUCAUGUCCAUCACUUCAUUAUGCUUUUGGAAGAAGCUGCAAAUAUACAAGCCCCAACGGAGAUUAUUUCCCGAGGUCAUUCAGCAGUUUUAGCCUAUCAAAACGCACUCUUGGAGGGGAAAACAAUUGUAAAAAGAGUUCCCAUCAUGUUCAUUGGACAAGGUCAGUCGGGAAAAACAAGCUUAAAGAGAUCAUUAAAAGGAGAGCGUUUCAACCCAGAAGAAACCACCACCAUAGGAAUAGAGAGUGACCCAUCCUACUGCAAAAUUUCCCAAGAGGUUUGGAAACUAGGAGAAAGAGGAGAUGAAGCAAUAAAUUCAGAUCCAGCACCCAUUUCCUAUGAACAAUGUACAGCUCAGUGUAUUUUCACGAGCCUUAAAGAAGGCAUAAAUUCAAAAGAGACGAAAAGUGCUGAUGCGUCAAAUCUUGAAAGUGGAAUGAAACAUGAAGCAACAAAUUCAGAUGAAGAACGAACAAAGUUAGAGGAGAUAAAGAAUACAGGUACGAUUGGUGAAGUCGAGGCUGGACCGGAUGUACUUGAGUUAAAAGAGGUACCGCAUGAAAUAGCUACUUUGGUUGAAAAUUUUUUUCAACUAGACGAAGCCGAAAGUGCCCAAGGUAAAGAGGAUCUGUACUCAAUUUUGUGGGAUUUUGGUGGAAAAUCUGUCUAUUACGCCACCCAUCCUAUAUUUCUCACAACAAGAGCGAUUUACCUUUUAGCUAACGACUUAAGUCGCGAUCCAGAUGGCAAAGUCAGCCCUCAAUUGAAACGCGGAUUCUACGAGGAUAUCGAGGAUGUUUUCUGUGAAAGGAAUAACAUGGAUUAUCUUGACUUAUGGAUGUCCUCUGUAUCUGGUUUGGUUCUGGAAGACGGGGAUCUCCAGGAAAAGCUUUCAUCUGAAAUAUUACCGGAGAGGCUUCCCCCAGUUUUCCUUGUUUGCACUCACGCUGAUAAACCUUUUCAUGGUUUAGAUCCUCAUGCGUUGGCCCGCAAGAUAUUUGGCUCACUGAAGACGCAGGUUUAUGGGAAACAUCUAGUUGAUGUCUUUGUUGUAGACAACACUAAAUCUGGAAGUGCAGAAAAAUGUCCAGAAGUCGAUCGUCUGAGAAAGGAGGUAGAAACUGUUGCCAAUGAAUUACCACAAAUGAAAGAGGCAAUUCCGAUCAGGUGGUUGAAGUUUGAAAAGGAAAUGAAGGAGAAGAAUCAAGACGGCCAUAAGUGGAUUACUCUCAAUGAAGCCAAAACUAUUGCAACCGAAAAAUGUGGUAUUUCCAGCACUGAACAAUUUGUGACAAUGUUGAACUUCUUGCACGAUCAGAGAAUUUUAGUCCAUUUUGAUUGCACUCAACAGUUAAACAGAAUGGUGAUCUUGGACCCUCAAUGGUUGGUAGAUGUCUUCAAGGAGGUGAUUACCAUAAGGCCAUACCAAAGCCAAGAGAGAAAAUACGAGCGGCUGUGGCUGAAGCUUGAGAGAACAGGAAUCUUGGAAGAAGAGCUCUUGCAACAUGUAUGGGGCCCCUUGUUUGACGACCGAAUAACUUGUCACACUCUCAUUGCCUUGAUGGAGAAAUUCUGCUUGUUAUGUCCCUUGCCGUCAUCAGUCGCGACUGAUUCACCUACUGAAUAUCUUGUACCUUCCAUGUUGAAGUUCCCACCGAUGGAGGAUGUAAGGAAGCUGAUAGCCUUUGCAGGGAUCCCGCCACUUUAUCUCAAGUUUAAGUCCAGUCAAGUGCCGUCUUGCCUUUUUCCUCGUGUGGUCUUAAUGGUCUUUCAGUGGUGCACAAAGGAGUUUUCCAGUCAAGCGCAACCUCAGUUGCAUCAAAACUUUGCUAGAUUUUACACACAUCCUGCUGAAGGUUGUUCUAUAAUUCUCCAAUGCCAUUCUUCCUUCAUUGAGGUAGUUGUUCACAAAGAAAGAUGUGCCGCUGGACUCUCAUCGGAUGUAGAAUCAGAGGUGAAUUUGCCAUCAAAAUCCACAUUCGACGCCUUUCAGGUGAAUUUUGCUCGUGCAGUCUGUCGACGACUAGGAUUGAUUCUCGAGUGCAUACGAAAAGAUUUUCCCUGGCUAAAGAACAUGGCAUAUGAUCUCUUAGUAUGCUGUCCAGUGUGUUGUGCAAGUCGUUCUGUGAAUCACUGCUGCAACCAUAAUGUACGUGGUUGUAAGAAGGAGCAGUGCUUACACCUGUGGUCAGAGUCUCAGCUCCUCACUGGCAGUGAGUUUAUUUUAUGCACACGGUCGGUUGUUGCCGUAAAUUGCAAGGUUCCUGUCGAUUGUGUUGGAUUCUGGUUUGGAUCUCUAGAGGAACGGCAAGCCACAGACGGAUGCGACGAAAAGAGCCCUUUGCCAAGCAGUGGAGAUGCAAUUGUCCUGUGCAGUGGGGUGCUUGAGGCCCUGACGUCACAGACAUGUGAUGCAAGUGAGGUUGUGGCCCAAUUUCAGCAAAGUCUCUCCUUGAGGAACUUGUUAUUGGAACAACCAGACCCUGACACUAAGAAGAGGAUCCGCUACCUUUGUUUGAGGGCUAAGGCUGCGAACAAGCCGGAAGUUGUCGAAAAAUUGAGAGAAAUUACUCCCGCGGGUACAACAGGUCCUUUGUUGCCUGAAAAGUGUGAUGUUGCCAUGAUUCCUUUGCCUCUGAGAAGAGAAUUAACGAUAAACCUUAGCGGUGGAGAGGAGUGGAUGUUCCUUGCGGAGAAACUGGGUUUAACUCCAGCAGAAAUCAAAUUCCUCGACAAGCGAGUUUUGAAUCCAUGUGACGCUGCCCUUGUGCAUGCUCGAAAACAGCAGUUGAUACAGAAUGUGGGAGAUCUGUAUGAUAGAUUGGUGGACUGUGAAUUCCCACGUUUGGCUGAUUUACUGUAAAGAAACACAAUUACAAACGGCUCUUAGCAUUUUCCAGAAGAAGACAGCCAGAGUGCUCCGUUCAUAAACUAACUUGUAAUUACCGGUCAGAUCAGAUAGUACCCAUAUUAUGGUUGGUCUUUAUACUACUCUGAUAGAAACGUUCAAAAAGUGAUACAAUUUUGGUAGUUUAGGUCCUAUUAACUAUUAGAGGCCCUAAUGUUAGGAUUAAUUUCUGUGCUCAAAAUUAUUUGCAACGUAUUGAAGUUUAAGACUAUACACUCGCACUAUGCAAGUUUUAUCUUUUUCAAUUGUUUGCUUGAUUGAUUGACUGAUUGAUUGAUGAGAAAAACAGGCCAUUUUUUACAAUUGAGAAUUACCAAAUGGCUUAUGAAUACCACAUUAACCAGCUACUUAUCAGACAAGGGACUGGCGCUACGUAUUUGGUUUCGUCUGGGUGUUUUGAGAAGGAUACCUUCCAACUCAGUGGAUCUUUGUAAUCGUCAGGGAAGGUGUUCCUUGACGUUUUAUAAUCAGUAUAACCCUAUGUUUGUUUUAAAAAAAGGGAGGAGAGGCGUCAACGUGUGAGCCUCCGAAGAUCACAUGACAUACUUGUUUUGAAGAGUAAGUAACGUGAACAAGUUACCGCAAACUUUACUCUCGUAAACUGUGGGAGAUUAAAACGAAAAAAAAAAUGUCCAAAUCAUACAAACAACCAAAAAAAAUUGAAAGCAAAACAAAUAGUUUCUGUCACCGACAGUGUUGUUUAUAAAGUGUAGGCACAGAUUAGAAACAAAACUACGUCUAUUUUUAUAUAACUAGGACACCUUUUUUUAUAUAACUAAUAGGACUGUGGUAAAUCGGCUAAAGAUUAGCCACGUUAACAUUGUCAACAUAAUUUACGUCGGAUCAUUUUUCUUACCACAUAGUUUGUCCUUUGAGACUCCUAUUUAGUCACUGUGAAAAUGAAUGACCAAAGACGAAUGUUCUCUCAUUGUCAGCGACUUAUACUCAAAGAUGUUGGAAGGCGUUCGAUCCGCUGUGGAGAGGGGAGUUUUUUUAGUCCGCAGCUGCGGAAAUUUCACAGGUUUUCGAGCAAAGAAAUACCUGAAAUUUGAACAGUGAUUAAUUUUUUCGUUGGUGUGGUGUGGUAUGGAAAACAACCAAACCAUGAAUAAAUCAAACUGUGAUCUUGUCCGAGCUGUCUCUCAGGAGAAUGAAACUAAUGUGGGAGAUUUUACCGAAGAAGAUUUCUGUGACCAUCGAAUUUCUUGGCCCACCGGUUUGCCUUUGAGUAAAAAAAAAAAAUUCACCUCGCUAUAUUUUUUAGUAACACUAGUAAAAUAGUUGUAAUCGUAUAUUCUCUGGUAAUCAAAUAAACUACAUGUACUAAAAUG